AUGAAUCGGACAGCACCAGGUGUAGACGGGACAAUAUCUGGACACUUUGGGAAACCUUCCGUCAGCCCUCAUAAACACACUGCUCUUCACACUUUACCUGUCUAUAUGCAAGUUCCGUACUUCGUGGAAGAGGGGUAUGACAGUGCUAGUGUUCAAGAAGGUGACCUCCACAAUAUCGGCAACUACCACCCAAUCUGCUUGCUGUCUGCCGUCUACAAACUUUUCACUCGAGUCAUCCUAAGCAGGAUUGACGGAACAGUGGACAAAGAGCAGCCAUAA